UGAUUAGGAAGUUAAUACAUCCUAAUUAGAAAAUCGUGUUAAGUUGUCUUUUCCAGUAUACAUUUACAAUUAAUAAGUGCAUGGAUAUGCAUUAGUACUUUCAAAAUUUAGCAAAAAUUCGCCCUAUAAAUAGUAACAUUUUAGAUCAACAAAAAAAAAAACAUUUGAGAUGAGUUCAAUGUUGUUAUCAACAGUACAAUUGUGGUCUCUAAUUUUGUUAGUGUGGCACUUUGCAAUAUCAUGCAAAGGCAACCAACAGGGUGAAUACCUUUCAAAGUUUAUUGAAUCAAGAAAGUACCAACAAUAUGGAGAAGCUUAUUCAAGUGAUGUUGUUGUUGUAUCACAUGUUGAUGUUGUUGAACAACAAUCAAAGUUGAUGGAAGAUGAUAAGGUGAUGUCUUUGCCUGGACAACCAAAAGGGGUGAAUUUUGAUCAAUAUGCUGGCUAUGUAACUGUUGAUGCCAAAUCAGGGAGAGAACUUUUCUACUACUUUGUGGAAUCACCAUUAAAUUCUUCUUCAAAACCUCUUGUUCUAUGGCUAAAUGGAGGACCUGGAUGCUCUUCAUUUGGGUAUGGAGCCAUGCAAGAAUUAGGACCUUUUAGAGUCAACAGUGAUGGAACCACACUUUCCCUUAAUCAAGAUGCAUGGAACAUAGUGGCAAAUGUUAUCUUCCUAGAGUCUCCAGCAGGAGUUGGAUUUUCUUAUUCAAACAAUUCUUCAGAUUACUCUCACAUUGGUGACAAUAGCACAGCCUUAGAUUCAUACACUUUUCUUCUAAAUUGGUUUGAGAGAUUUCCACAAUACAAGACUAGAGAGUUCUUCAUAGCUGGUGAAAGUUAUGGUGGCCAUUAUGUCCCUCAGCUAGCUCACCUUAUCCUCUCAAAUAAUAAGCAAAUGAAAAAUCACACAGUCAUCAAUUUGAAAGGGAUUGCGAUUGGGAAUGGUUGGAUAGAUGACAAUUUGUGUACAAAGGGAAUGUAUGACUAUUUCUGGAUGCAUGCUUUAAACUCUGUCGAAACUCAUGAAGGAAUUGAAAAAAAUUGUGACUUUGGGAACUUCAACUUUACAAGUGAAUGCGUCAAAUAUCAAAAUAUAGCUGAUGAUGAGCUUGGAAAUAUUGACAUUUACAACAUAUAUGCCCCACUUUGUAAUUCAUCUGCAACUAAAACUGCUGCUAGCCCUACCACUUACUCUGGAUUCGACCCUUGUUCUGAAGAUUAUACUGUUGCCUACUUAAAUCACCCAGAAGUUCAACAGGCUCUUCAUGCUAAACCCACAAAAUGGUCUUCUUGCAGGUACACUAUUAUGUUUUCUUUCCUAAAAUUUCAAAAUUCAUUAAUAGUAAAUGUUGUUGUGCUACUAACAUUUCCUCUAAUGCUUUUCAGUGAGGUGGGUUGGACAGAUAGCCCAGCAAGUAUUCUACCAACUAUAAAUCACUUAAUAUCAAAUGCUAUAAGCAUUUUGAUAUACAGCGGCGAUGUAGAUGCACGUGUUCCCAUAACUUCAACAUUGUAUUCAAUUAAUGCCUUAAAACUAGCACCAGAUACUGCAUGGCGUCCAUGGUAUACUGGCAAAGAGGUUGGAGGAUAUGUGAUUGGUUACAAAGGGCUAACACUUGUCACUGUAAGAGGAGCUGGGCACAUGGUACCAAGUCAUCAACCACAGAGUGCACUAACCAUGAUCUCAUCUUUCCUUUUAGGAGAACUUCCUCCUGUAUUAAACUCUUAAUGAAUUUGGUGUAUUAGUAAUAACUAAGAAAAUUCAAUGAGUUUCAUACAAAAAUUCAUUUAUGAAGAAAUGUGUGUUCAGUUUCUA